UGGGAAGUUGGAAACAAUCUCAUCGUAGGUUUCCAGUCAAUUUCAGCUGUGUUUUCCUCUAAAACAACUAAAUUAAUUCAAAAAUAAUAAUUCUAAAUGCAGUAUCGUUCCUACGAAAAAUUAUUUUUGAUUUAUUAUAAAUAGAAGAAAUAUUUUCCCAAUUGGAUUUCUGUUGCUGCACGUUUGUUGGCCUGUUUUGAAGAAUUAUGGCCGGCAAUUUCUGGCAAAGUUCUCACUACCAGCAGUGGGUUCUGGACAAGCAGGACCUGAUACGGGAGAGGCAAUUUGACCUGGGUGUUUUAACUGAAGAAGAAUACCAAAAGAUUUUUAUAUUUUUCUCAAAUUUUAUACAAACUCUGGGUGAACAGCUUAAGCUAAGGCAACAGGUGAUUGCGACUGCCACUGUGUAUUUUAAGCGAUUUUAUGCGAGAAAUUCAUUGAGAUGCAUUGAUCCACUUCUCUUGGCGCCGACCUGUUUAUUUCUUGCAUCAAAGGUAGAAGAGUUUGGAGUUAUUUCUAAUAAUAGGUUGAUAUCUACUUGUCAGACUGUUGUCAAAAAUAAAUUCAGCUAUGCCUACGUACAAGAAUUCCCUUAUAGGAGUAAUCACAUACUUGAAUGUGAAUUUUAUUUGUUGGAGAAUCUGGAUUGUUGCCUUAUAGUCUACCAGCCUUAUAGGCCGCUUCUACAGCUCCUCGCAGAUAUUGGUCACGAGGAUCAAUUGCUGGCGUUGGCUUGGAGGGUUGUAAAUGAUUCUUUAAGAACUGAUGUCUGCCUGCUUUAUCCGCCUUAUCAAAUCGCAAUCGGCUGCUUGCAAAUUGCGUGCGUAAUAUUACAGCGGGAUUUGAAGUCUUGGUUUGCCGAGCUAAACGUUGACAUAGAGAAGAUUCAAGAAAUUGUCCGUUACGUGAUAAACCUGUUUGAACUUUGGAAAACUUACGACGAGAAGAAAGAUGUCCAGGCUCUUUUGGCCAAAAUGCCUAAACCAAAAAUCCAAUCAUCCAGAUAGCUAGGGGAGGACAUGCCUUCAGGCAUGCAGUAACAAUUGAUUGGAUAAAGUACUUUUCUGAUAAGAAAUACUGACAAAUUAAUACACAACAGUGUCAUCGCAGAAAAUUAAUAUAACUGAAUCAUUUUAAUACAUUUGUAUUUAAAUUGUUAUAAAAGUCUAUGAUUGACUGUUUAGUUCCUAAAUGUUUAGAGCGAUAUGAUUAUAAUCUCUUCUAUUAACUUUUAUUCUUGAGUAUUAGAAAAGAUUACAAAUUAUAUUUACCAAUUUAUCAUUUGUGUAAGCAUUGUGAUGGGUAGUUUGAUUAAAUAUGAAUGUUUUAAUGUCGUACAAGGAAUGGUUGUGUGAAAGAUAUACCUUGUAAAAAUGUGUUUUCACAAUUGUAAUUUUAAAAAUUUGAGCGAAUUUGAUUUUAGGCAUCGUAAGAUCUGUACAAGACUGUCCAAAAUAAAUUUUUCAUAGGGUUUGUUUGCAUUAA